UUUCACAUCGGAUGACCAGACGCCAUCUCGUAGGAUUCAAAACCAGAAAAUACCUUCACACGUUACGGCCUGAAAUUAAGUCUCAUCUACCAGGAAAAGCGGAAAAGCCUGUCAAAUGAGUGCAUAUGAGGAGAAAGAGCAGGAGGCUUCUGCUCCUGAAUCUCCAGGAUUCAGCUGUGUGUCUAUGAAGAGUAACAACUCCAUGAUUCUGCCCCCUAAACUCAGUGAUGUUGACGCUCAGAGAGCAGGGUCUCCAGGAUUCAGCUGUGUGUCUAUGAAGAGUAACAACUCCAUGAUUCUGCCCCCUCUUCUCAGUGAUGUUGACGCUCAGAGAGCAGGGUCUCCAGGAUUCAGCUGUGUGUCUAUGAAGAGUAACAACUCCAUGAUUCUGCCCCCUGAACUCAGUGAUGUUGACGCUCAGAGAGCAGGGUCUCCAGGAUUCAGCUGUGUGUCUAUGAAGAGUAACAACUCCAUGAUUCUGCCCCCUAAACUCAGUGAUGUUGACGCUCAGAGAGCAGGGUCUCCAGGAUUCAGCUGUGUGUCUAUGAAGAGUAACAACUCCAUGAUUCUGCCCCCUUAUCUCAGUGAUGUUGACGCUCAGAGAGCAGGGUCUCCAGGAUUCAGCUGUGUGUCUAUGAAGAGUAACAACUCCAUGUUUCUGCCCCCUGAACUCAGUGAUGGAGCUGCUAUGACCUCUGACCCUGGUAUAAUCAACAGGAAGAGAAAGAGAGACACAUCUCCAGUAUCUAGCUGUGAGUCUAUGAAGAGUAACAACUACAUUCAUCAUCUCGCUGAUCUCAGUGAUGGACCUGUGACCUCUGACCCUGUUGCUGGGAGAGCUGACCAGAUCAGACGUGUGUCCUGUCAGACCUUCACAUCCUCCUACAGUCAGAACCACAUCAGUCAUCAUGACACAGAAACAGAUCUGCAGCUCGAUUCUCAUCAACCAGAGCAAGAUGAUCUACAGAGAGUCAAAGACCAGCACAAAACCAGCAUGAAGAACAAGUAUGAGAGCUUAUUUGAGGGAGUCAAACUACAAGAGAAUCAGACCCUCCUGAACAGGAUUUACACACAGCUGUACAUCAUAGAGGGAGAGAGUGAAGGAGUGAAUGAAGAACAUGAAGUGCUACAGAUGGAGAAAAGUUACAGGACACUCCAAGACACUCCAAUCAACUGCAACGACAUCUUUAAUCCUUUACCUGAACCAGGAUAUGGGGAGAAGAGAAGAGAGAAGAAAGACAAUAUAAAGACUGUUCUCACUAAAGGCAUCGCUGGAAUUGGAAAAACCGUCUCUGUGCAGAAGUUCAUUCUGGACUGGGCCGAGGGAAAAGCCAAUCAGGAUGUAGAUUUCAUGUUUGUGCUUACAUUUAGAGAGCUGAACUUGAUUAAAGAUCAUCAGUACAGUCUUCACAGACUUCUGCUUGACUUUCAUCCUGAACUUCAAGAUCUGGACUCAAAGAUUUAUGAUGAAUGUAAAGUUGUGUUCAUCUUUGAUGGUCUGGAUGAAAGCAGAAUUUCACUGAUGUUUUCAGACGGUCAGAAAGUUUCUGAUGUGACUGAGAUUUCAUCAGUGGGUCUGUUGAUGUCAAACCUCCUGAGAGGAGAUCUGCUUCCCUCUGCUCUCAUCUGGAUCACCACCAGACCAGCAGCAGCCAAUCAGAUCCCCUCUAACUACAUCAACCGUGUGACAGAGAUUCAGGGAUUCAAUGACCCUCAGAAGGAGGAAUAUUUCAGGAAGAGAAUCAGUGAUGAGCAUCAAGCCAGCAGAAUCAUCUCACACAUCAGAAGAGCAAGAAGCCUCCACAUCAUGUGUCACAUACCCGUCUUCUGCUGGAUCUCAUCCACUGUGCUUCAAAACAUCCUGAAACAAGAUCUCAGUGCAGAAAUCCCUCAAACUCUGACUGAAAUGUACAUCUACUUCCUGCUCAUUCAAACAAAGAUGAGGAACCAGAAGUAUGAAGAGAGAGAUCCAGAGAAACUCCUGCAGUCCAACAGAGAAGUGAUUGUGAAACUUGCUGAACUGGCUUUCAAUCAGCUGAUGAAGGGCAAUGUGAUGUUUUAUGAGGAGGACCUGAGAGAGAGCGGUAUAGACGUCACUGACGCCUCAGUGUAUUCUGGGAUCUGCACUGAGAUCUUUAGAGAGGAAUCUGUGAUUUAUCAGAGGAAGGUUUACAGCUUUGUACAUCUGAGCUUUCAGGAGUUUUUCGCAGCACUGUAUGUGUUUUUCUGCUAUUUACACAAGAACAGUGAGGUUCUGAAGAUGUUCCUGACAGGAAAGAACAGAACUCAGUUUGAGAAAGUUUCUCUGGAUGCGUUUCUGAAAGGAGCAAUGAGUAAAGCCUUAAAGAGUAAAACCGGACACCUGGAUCUCUUCCUUCGGUUUCUUCAUGGCGUCUCACUGGAGUCCAAUCAGAGACUCUUACAGGAUGUACUGAUACACACAGAGAACAACCCAGAAAACAUCAAGAAAAUAACCCAAAACCUCAAACGAGGUCAGAAAAACAACGUCAGUCCUGACAGAUGGAUGAAUCUGUCACACUGCUUGAUUGAGAUGAAGGAUAACUCAGUUGUUGAAGAAAUGCAGGCUUUUUUAAACUCUAAUACAAAAGAAAAAAGUCUUUCUCUUGCACAAUGUUCAACUUUGGCAAACAUGAUCCUGAUGUCAGAGGAGGCGCUGGAUGAGUUUGAGCUUAAAAAAUUCACCACUAAAUCAAAAGAUGGGAGACGGAGACUGUUACCUGCUGUGAGGAACUGCAGAAAAGCUGUGUUGACAGGCUGUGAUCUCACUGAUCAGUGCUGUGAAACUGUUGCUUCUGUUUUACAAUCAUCAAACUCCCUGAGAGAGCUGGACCUGAGUAACAAUCAUCUGCAGGAUUCAGGAGUGGAGCUGCUCUCUGCUGGACUGAAGAGUCCAAACUGUCAACUCAACAAACUGAGAUUGGCUGAAUGCAAGCUCACUGAUCAGUGCUGUGAAACUGUUGCUUCUGUUUUACAAUCAUCAAACUCCCUGAGAGAGCUGGACCUGAGUAACAAUCAUCUGCAGGAUUCAGGAGUGGAGCUGCUCUCUGCUGGACUGAAGAGUUCAAACUGUCAACUCAACAUACUGAGAUUGGCUGGCUGCAAACUCACUGAUCAGUGCUGUGAAACUGUUGCUUCUGUUUUACAAUCAUCAAACUCCCUGAGAGAGCUGGACCUGAGUAACAAUCAUCUGCAGGAUUCAGGAGUGGAGCUGCUCUCUGCUGGACUGAAGAGUUCAAACUGUCAACUCAACACACUGAGAUUAUCUCAGUGUUUGGUGACAGCAGAAGGUUGUGCUGCUCUGGCAUCAGCUCUGAGUUCAAACCCAUCACACCUGAGAGAGCUGGAUCUGAGCUACAAUCACCCAGGGGAUUCAGGAGUGAAGCUACUCAGCCACCUGGAAAAACUCAAUGUGGAUCAUGGAGGAGAGUUCAGGAUCACGUCAAGACUCCACAAAUACGCCUGUGAUCUCACACUGGAUCCAAACACAGCAUUCAGAAACCUCGUUCUGUCUGAGGAGAACAGAAAGGUGACGUAUGUCUCUGAGGAACAGUCGUAUCCUGAUCAUCCCGACAGAUUUGAUCUGUGGGAUCAGGUUCUGUGUUCAGAGAGACUGACUGGACGCUGUUACUGGGAGACUGAAUGGAGCGGAGAUGUUCAUAUAUCAGUGUGUUAUAAAGAAAUCAAGAGGAAAGGAGGGAGUGAUGACAGUAGGUUUGGAUGUAAUGAGAUCUCCUGGAGUCUGAUCUGCUCUGGUCACAGAUUCACUGCUCGUCACAAUAAUAAAGACACUUGUAUCUCUGUUGCUCCAGACUCCUGUAAGAGAGUCGCAGUGUUUCUGGACGAGUCGAGCGGCUCUCUGUCCUUCUACAGCGUCUCUGACACACACACACUCACACACUUACACACAUUCACACACACAUUCACUCAACCUCUACUCGCUGGAUUUAGACUUUAUUACAACUCUUCAGUGUCUCUGUGUCACAUCAAACACUAAACACACACACACACACACAUUAAACACAUUACACACACUCACACACUUACACACAUUCACACACACAUUCACUCAACCUCUACUCGCUGGAUUUAGACUUUAUUAUACAAACUCUUCAGUGUCUCUGUGUCACGUCAAACACUAAACACACACACACACUCACACACACACACACACAUUAAACACACACA